CAGGCCACCAUUAUAACAGAGAAGAAGAAGAAGACGCCUUCAAUGCAAACUCAUCGCAGUACAUUUUGCAGUCACAUGAGAACCACGCUAUGGCUUCAGUCACCUCGUCCAGUCGCUCAGCGCGCCCCAAUCGUCGGAGCGGUGCUACUCCGUCCAGCACCAGUCCUACACGGCUGUCCCGCAGCCAGGAGAAAGAAGAACUUAGUAACCUCAAUGACCGCUUAGCCGCCUACAUUGAGCGGGUCCGCCAGUUGGAGAAUGACAAGUCUUCUAUGCUGCUUCUCCUGGAGGAGAAAGAAGAGUCCACGACCCGUGAAACGGCAAACAUACGACGUCUGUAUGAGGCAGAGUUGGCAGACGCGAGAAAUAGCUUGGACGGACUGGCGAACGAGAGGGCCAGGCUGCAAAUAGAGAUGGGUCAUCUUUCUGAGGAGCAUAGGAAACUACAAGCCAGGAACCAGAAGAAGGAAGCUGAGUGCAACAUGGCUGUUGGUCAGUGGAGGAACUUGGAGGCGGUCCUCAACUCUAAAGAUGCAGAGCUUGCCAAUCAGCUGGCCGAUAACCGGAGACAGCAGGAAGUUGUCAAUGACCUCCAGGCCCAGGUGGCCAAUUUGGAGUGUGCACUUGCAGAGACAAAGACACAGCUUAACUCUGAGAUGUUGAAGAGGGUGGACCUGGAGAACCAGGUGCAGACGCUCAGGGAGCAGCUUGAGUUCCAGAGACACAUCACCGAACAGGAGGCCAGGGAGCUCCGGAGCAGACAUGAGAGUCGGCUGGUGGAGGUGGAUUCCGGGAGACAGAGGGAGUUUGAGAGCAAGCUGGCGGAGGCCAUGCAGCAGCUACGGCAGGAGCACGAGGCACAGAUCAUGCAGUACAAAGACGAUCUGGAGAAAAACUACAAUGCCAAGCUGGAAAAUGCCCAUCAGACAGCGUUGAAGAGCAGUGACUUUGCCUCCUCUACCCGAGAAGAGCUGUCUGGCACCAAGCUCCGCAUCGAGAGUCUCUCCUCCCAGCUCAAUCACUUCCAAAAACAGAACAGCGCCUUGGAAGGCCGCGUGCGGGAUCUGGAGCGGACACUGGACGGAGAGCGCGAGGCGUGGCAGCAGCGGCUGAGCCACAAGGACGAGGAGAUGUCGGCCCUGAGGGCCCAUAUGCAGAGCCAGCUGGAGGAGUACGAGCAGCUGCUGGAUGUCAAGCUGGCCCUGGACAUGGAGAUCAACGCCUACCGCAAGAUGCUGGAGGGAGAGGAGCAGAGACUCCACCUCUCCCCCAGCCCCUCCCAGCAUUCGGCCGUGGGACGCACACACGCGCAUGGUGCUCGCAGAGUUGUCCGUGGGAAGAAACGCAAGAACGAGGGCCGCACAGGGUCUUCCCCGGCCUACAAGGUCUCACAGCACGCCAAGGCCCACAGUCACAUAAUGUUGUCUGAUGUCGACCUGAAGGGAAACUACAUCGUGCUGAAGAACACCUCGGAAAAGGAGCAGCCACUAGGAGGCUGGGUGGUGAGGAGAAGUCUCUUAGACUCUCCUGACAUCAUCUUCCAUAUCCCCUCUUCUUGCGUACUGGCUGGGGGAAACACCCUAACUAUCUGGGGUUCAGAGUCUGGCAUUGAGGCCUCUCCAGGUGACCUGGUCCUGAAAAACCAAAGGAACUGGGGUCUGGUUAACAACGUGAUAGUUACUCUACUCCGCCCAGAUGACGAGGUGAUGGCUGAGCUGCGAGUUCAGGGCAUGGACGAGGAAGACUCCGAUGUGGAGGUUGAUGACGAGUUUGUGGACAUGAGCAACAUUCACCACCUCAGAAGACAGCCUAAGAAAAAGAAAAAGAAGUGCUGUCUGCUGUUGUGAAGCGCCUACUGUAGGUGGUCUCCUGACAGCCAUGCUGUAGGUGAGGCUCCAGCAGGAACAAAUGAAAGUUGCUCCGUCAUGUAAUCCAUGCCAUAGCACUGUUACAGGCACACCGCCAUCUUGGAUCGUCCUUGAGUUGGAGUGGUUCGGGAAAUUUGCCUUUGAAAUACCGGAGUUGAAAUUACUAACUUUAAACUGCUAUUCUCUACAUAGUGAACUACUUUAACUCGGAGUCACAGCUCCAGUAGGACACUACCCAUGGAAAUGUUUAGUUUGUCACAUCCCCUGUGUGAGCUUGGUGAUUUAGGAGUACUGCUACACAUUUGUGUGGUUUCAGUUAAGUUUUUUCUUAAUCUGUGUAGUUUGGUAUGGCUGGCUGUGCCGAGAAAAAUAAAAUAAGUAACUCUUUACACAAAAGUUCAGAUUAGCUUGUGCUGUACAGUCUGCGAUUAUGGUCUGAUGUUUAAACAGCACAAGCACAUCUGAGUCUUUAGCAUCAGAAUGGCAUUUGCACACGUACUGUGAGCAAUAUUCGGAAUUCCCUUUUGUUCAGUAAAAUGCAACCUCUUUCAUUGGUCAUUGUUUUUUAAGGAAAAAACUAUUUUUCAUAUAUGCCUUGUCCUGACCAUGUUUAAAAUCUGUGCCACGCUCGAAUGGUAUUAUAGUAUGUUUGUGCAAUGACUUUAAAGUGACAUGGAUGUUUUUUGGGGAUUUUCUACUCUCGAACCUACAGCUCUUUUUGCCAUUGAGCUCUGACCAAUUAUGCUCCAAAAAUAUAUUGUACAAUGUGGAAAUAUUUAUUAUAUUUAUGGUAAUCCAAAUAUAUAAACAGUAUUGUUUCCCCAUGUUUAAAGGGUACUUUGGUUGCUUUGCAAUAUUGUUUAUUUUUAAUUUAUUAAAAUUAUAAAAAUAAUUUCUAACAGUCCUGUCAAUGGUCGGUUUUGUCUUCGAGAAACUCAUUGUUGCCUUUCACAGUGUACCAUAUCCUUUUGCGUCAAAGUACUAAGAUGAAGAUUUCAAUAAAGAUUGGUCCUGAACUAA